GAAUAUAAUAUUUUGAAACAUAACAUGUAGUGUUCUCAAAUUUAGCUAUAAAUCCAUAGUAUUAAGAACAUUGUUAUACUCUGGUGUCCUCAAUUUGCUUGCCUACCCACAUGAUAUCUGGUUUUAGAUUUCGCUGCAUCAUCAUUUAGAUCUUCACAAGCAGAGACACACUCAUCUCAAAAGGAUUUUUAUGACAAAUUUGAGAGACCCGAGUCAAAAAAAUCUUGUGGGCUGUGCAUAUAUUUGAGUAGGCAUGAUGAAUUCAAGCUGUGUUGCAGGUUGCCUGGAUGCACAGGUUCCAGUGAGAUUAAACUUCAGAAGCUUGUAUAAAUGGCCAGAUUCAGAUGCAGAGUUUGUUAGGGUGUUAAGCAUGGACAGAGGGGCCAGCUGCCCAAAUAAGAUCACAAAAGUCACCACAAUACAUGAGAGCUAUGCUUGCAGACAGAAGUUCUUGAGGAGCUACACAUUCUCUAAGAAGGAGACUUUCCCUCAAAAGACAAAAAAUGGCUUGAAGAAAGCCAAGGCAGUAUUGAUCAAGAUGAAGAAGAAUUUUGCCUUUAAGAGAAUUCUGUCUCUGUUGGGAAAUCUUGAACCCAAGUUUUUCAAGGUUUCUUGUGCUGUUCUGGCUGCUCUUUUUACUUGUCUGCUGGCUUGCACAACCAGUGUGGAUGUCAAGGACCAGCAGCUGCUGAAGUGAUGAAAUCACAUUGGUGUGAUAUAAAACUUUUUGUGGAUGUUUCACAGGUCCUCAAAUGUUAUGGGUAUUGGUAAUUUCUGGUUUUGACUAGUUAGUACGGUUUGUUUUUUUAGAUUUCUAGAUUAGAUUAUGUAAUAGUUUCUGAAUCAAUGUUUCGGAUCACAAUGCAUGAUCCAUCAUCAUAUAUUAGAGAGCUAAGAGAUCCUUCUCGCUGUU